AACGAGAGCAAACCACAAGCUGUGUGUGUUUGUUUCUCUGACUCGCCUGGUUUAACUUGUCAUUUACUGCAGUUUAUGGAUUUCCCGAGGCGGCGGUUUAAUCUACUGUAGCUGAGGAGGGGGCGCUUUGAGAAACAAACCCGGAAAGGAAGCGGAAGUGUCUUCUCCGUGUUUGAAAUCAAACAUCCGCUUGGUAACGCGUGUAAGCCGUGUUUUGAUCCUCCUCUGGAGCUGCUAACACCGGUGCUCACAACAAACAGCCAUAUCUCUCACGCGUCUCGGCAUAACAAGGGAAUAUGAACCGUUUUGCCUGGCAUCAUGGACACGACGAGGACCAUAACUCGGUCUAGUAUCCCAGCCUGAACAAAACACCGACUUGGAAAUGGCACCGAGCUAGCUAAACAUCGGUGAGCUAAUGCUAAGCUAACCCAGCAAACGCUGUGUUGUAACAUGGCUCUGCUGAACUUUGUGAUAUCCACGGUGGGAAAAUGCAUCGACGUCGUGUGUUUUUUGUUGGACCUCAACUUUGUCAUCGUCCACACCCUGGUGCGGUCCAUUUUAGCGGCCGUGGCCUUUGUGAACAGCCUCCCUGCGCUGCUGGUCAACUCAGCCGUGGAGCUGGUCAACUUUCUGCUGUUUUGUUUGGUGUCCGCGGCGGAGGCGACCACAGACAUGGCCCACGGCGGCGUCAGCAUGUUUUGGAGAGGGGUGCUGGCUCUGGAGGGCUUGCUGGAGAGCCUGAAGAUGGUGGGCUACCUGUCCAUGCACGUCCUGCUCCGCGGGAAGGAGCAGCUGUGCCGAGGUGUGCUGGCAGCAGCCGAGUACUGCGGCAUCGCUGUCAGCCUGGUGGUCUACUUCACCAACACGGUGGUCAACUUUGUGCUCAUUGCCGCCCAGAACGUGUACGCUGGCCUGGCUGGUGUGUGGCAGACCAUCUCCAGUCCGCUUCAGAAGGUCCUGGAGCUCACCCUGACCUUCUUCACCUUCCUGUACAGCAUCCUGGUGGGGACGUCCAGCCUCUUGUGGUCGCCUUGUAAACUGGUGUUCGACUUCUUGAUUUCGCUGACGCACAUUUUCAUCAGCAUCUUCAUCCUGAACGUCUAUGGCCUCCUGCUCACAAUCACCAUCGCUGUUGCUACCACCCUGUACCUGAACCCGGAGCUGACCCGUCAGGUGGCUGUGCGAAUAGGGGCUUACAUCCGCUCUGUCCCCAUCCUGCACACAUUGCACCGGACCCUGCGACGCCUAACCUUCGUCCUGCACAGUGUCUCCCAUCGUGUCCCCGUUGCUGUGCGACAGCUGCAGAGGAUGCUCCAUCGCCUCUACCUGCUAGAGAGGGGGCUGUGGCAACAGCUGUCCCGCCAAGGCAGUCAGCUAGGCCAGGCACUGAGGACACAAAUCCACAUGGGCAACAUCAACAGAGUGGGUGGGGACGGGGACACAGGGGGCGAGAGGCGGGACCCGCCAGAUGGAAGAGCGGGAGAUGGAGUUCACCAGGAGCUGCUGGAUUUGGUUUUGCCCAGCUCCAGCACAGACAGGCCUCUAAAGAAACUGUCCUCUUUGGGCAAAGACAGUAAACUCCCCCCUGCAGAAAGCCUGCUGUCUCUGCUUAAGGAGCAGGAGGAGAGGAAGAAGUGUGUGAUCUGCCAGGACUCUGCCAAGACGGUGGUGCUGCUGCCGUGCAGGCACCUCUGCCUGUGUAAAGACUGCACCAACAUCCUGCUGAGACAGCCCAUCUACCAACAAAACUGCCCGCUGUGUCGGCACAUGAUCCUCAACACCAUGGAUGUUUACCUCUGAGGGACCGAUUGAUGCAGAUCUGAGGGUUUCUGACCAUACAGGAGCAAGACGGUGGAUCCCCUGUUAACAUGACUAUGGACUUGUCCUUUACUGCAUGUUUUAUCCCCACUAAAAGGAUGUUAUUUGACUUUUUGUUUUUCAUGUUUUUUCUUUGUUCCUUUUUUAGAAGUUACAAGGUUAUGGACUGAUUUUUGAUUGCAUACCUAGACUAUGCAAUCUUUGAAAGCAGUUUAGAAAAGCAACAUCAGUGAACACACCAUUCCUGUACUGAGGUUAGAUGUGUUUUUUGUUUUUUUGUUUUUUUUUUUAUGUUUAACGUGUUACCAUGAUAAAUCUCAGGUCUCAUGUUGUCUUGAAGGCCACAGGUCCCAUCCCUGAUGCUGAAAUGUUUACCAUCUCUUCUGUCUUAAAAAACAAACCUGUCUUGUGUUUUCAGGGGGGCCAAGCUGUGAAGAGACUAAACCAACACUGUGCUUGAUAGUGUUAUUAUACUAAUAAUUCCACAUGUAAAGUGUGAAGCACAACAUGGCAACACAUACACCGUACAAUCACUAAACACCACAUCAUAUAUAACUAUAAAUUUCCUGUAGUAUUAAUAUGCUUAAAAGCAUCCCAAAUGGACACUGUGGCCUACUGUUGUUUACUUUUACCCUAAAAAGAUCAUUUGUAAACCACUUCAGUUUUUCAGAGGUUUCCACGCUGCCAUGUAAAGGGUAAAAAGGUUUGGGUAUUUGGGGAAAAUGACUUAUGCUUUUCCAGUCAUGGUUGGCUGCAAGUCAUAUGGCCUUAAUAGGUUUAUCCAUUCUGUUGGGUGUUUAUUCCAGUCUGCCAUUAUUGGCAUAUUACAGCCACCACCAAGAAAUAACUAUAAAAGGUUUUUCCUUUCAUUUGUAGUGGUUAUAAAACAUAGGAUUUUUGUAUGAAAGGGCCAUAAACUAAUAAGGGUUUACAGUUUCACAUUUUUUUUUUUAUUUGUUGCUAUCCAAACUGAAAUGGUAUUGAUCAAUUUGCAGAGUUUAUAUUGCAUUAUUUGUGACACCACUUAUUGUAUUACCCUGGAUGGUGGGUGGUGUAGAAUUAUAGCUUUGCAAAAUGAAAGUGCCAUAUUUCAUAUGCCUUUCCCUAUCUCAAAUGUUUUGUAUAACAAUGUGUAUGGCUUUCUAGAGGAAUUUUAGUUCUGGGCUAUUUUUGUGACUGGAGCAAUGGGAUAUCAAUUAUUGACAUAAUUCAGGCCUGCUACAUUACAUGGCCUGAAUGUCACUGUUUGAUAUGGAAAUGACAAUAAGCUCUGGAGAGCAGACUCAGACCUCUUCCUCUCAGGUAUCCCUAAAGCCCUUUAAUAACCACAGUUGCGUUCCUAACUAAACACGGAGGUGCAUUAACAACGCAGCUCACGAGUGUCAUCGGUUGAAAUGCCUCUCUUUGUAAGAGCGGUGUGCUCAGUGUGAAAUGUCAGGGACAUUGCAAAUAAAAAAGUCAUGAAUGUAUUUUUGUAAAGAGUGUGAGUUCAUAAUAAAAUGACCAGUGCAGUGUC